AUGGCCGCUGGUCUCUCGGGCUCCACCAUGGCCAGCUUCGCCGUCAAGAACCCUCUGCUCGCCGCGGCCGCGCGCUUCCGGACGCUGCCUUCCCGCGCCGGCCGGCCUCUGCCGUUCUCCCCGUUCACGCGGACGGCGCGCAGGCGCGGGCAAGAGACCGUCACGUGCUUCGUCCCGCAGGAGGGCCAGGCGCCCGGCCCGGCUCCCGAGCCCGUGCCUUCGCUGGAGGAAGAGGCGGCGUCCGCGGCGGCGCGCCGCGUGGCGGAGAGGAAGGCGCGGAAGCAGUCCGAGAGGCGCACGUACCUGGUGGCCGCCGUCAUGUCCAGCCUCGGCGUCACCUCCAUGGCCAUCGCCUCCGUGUACUACCGCUUCGCCUGGCAAAUGGAGGGCGGCGAGGUGCCGAUGACCGAGAUGCUGGGCACGUUCGCGCUCUCCGUCGGCGCAGCGGUCGGGAUGGAGUUCUGGGCGCAGUGGGCGCACAAGGCGCUGUGGCACGCCUCCCUGUGGCACAUGCACGAGUCGCACCACCGGCCGCGCGACGGGCCCUUCGAGCUCAACGACGUCUUCGCCAUCAUCAACGCCGGGCCGGCCAUCGCCCUCCUCGCCUACGGCUUCUUCCACCGCGGCCUCAUCCCCGGCCUCUGCUUUGGCGCGGGCCUUGGGAUUACGCUUUUCGGCAUGGCAUACAUGUUCGUGCACGACGGCCUGGUCCACCGCCGGUUCCCCGUCGGCCCCAUCGCGGACGUGCCCUACUUCCGGCGAGUGGCUGCCGCUCACAAGAUACACCACAUGGACAAGUUCGAGGGGGUACCGUAUGGGCUUUUCCUGGGACCCAAGGAGCUGGAGGACGUUGGUGGCCUCGACGAGCUGGAGCAGGAGCUCGCCAGGAUCAACCGGACUCGGAGCAUCUGA